AUGGUUGUCUUCGGUUCAAUGAUCGUUGCUAGUCAAACUCUUCUGGUCAACAGACGACUCAUUAGUCUUUUGGAUUACUAUGGGCUCGCCUUCGUACCUGGAUUCGCAGAAAUGAACACGAAUGACCAACGCGCAUUAGCUGAGUCUGUCCGAGCACGAUACCUUGACCUUGAUUGCAGCCUGGACACAUGUGACAAAUCGCAUGUAUUAUGGGUAUGCUUAUGCAAGCGUACCAAUCGACCCGUUCAUGAUGCUUUGACAAUCUACGUCAUAUCCUUAGAAGAGAUCUCACGAAUCUAUCAGCUUGCGAAUUAUAUCUACCAUCUGUCAACAGAGGUACCACUUUUCAGAAAUGACCCUAAACAACGUUUGACAGACCUAGUUUAA